GCGGGACGACAGAACUCAGCACGGCAGCCCCCAGCGAGGGUGGGGUGGCCAGAUUGCCCAGCCCACCCGCUCGCCCGCCGGAGACCAAGGAUGGAGGCAUGGCGGGAUCUCCUCUUCUGCCUCACGCUCCUGUGUGUCCUGCUGCAUGUCCGAGGUGAGAAUGGGGACUUUGAUUUGGCUGAUGCGCUCGAUGACCCCGAGCCGACCAAGAAGCCAAGCUCAGGUAUCUACCCCAACCCGAGGCCCCCCUACCACCCGCAGCCUGGAAAUCCCGACAACAGUGGAAAUAUCUACCCCAAGCCGAGGCCCCCGUACCACCCACAGCCUGGAAAUCCCGACGGUGGAAAUAUCUACCCAAGGCCGAAGCCGCCGCCUCCUCGCCCGCAGCCUGGUAACAGUGGAGGCUUCCUGAGCGACUCGGACCUCAUCGACGGCGGCCGCUACCCACCCAGGCCGCCCGCAGGAGGCGGCGGAGGCGGGUACCAGCCGGGGCAGGACAGCUACGGACGAGGAGGGCGCUACAGACCCGGCUCCCCUGGCAUUAAUUAUGGCGGAGACGGCUACUCCACGCAGGGCAACCUGCCAGGCGACACAAUAGCGAAAAUUGCAUCUCCCAUCGUCUCCGUGGUGGUGGUGACGCUGAUCGGGGCGGCGGUCAGCUACUAUAACCGGAGGAGAAACUGUCUCAGGACAAACGAACCACGGACUAUCUGAAGUCUUCAAAAUCCACCCACCGCUCUGAGAAAGCCUCCGUUCAGAUGACAACCCUGUCGAUCCUGUGGAACGUCCCUUUCAUUCUUGGCUUCACCCGCUGCCCUGGAGGGUCUUCCCUUCUGUUUGCAAUAGACGCGCUGCCCCACAAAGAAGGGGGUUCCCAAUUCCUCAGAUACACCGAUGGGAACGAGGUGGACAGCUGGAUCGUGGAUUGUAAAGAGAUUGCUUGAUCUGUGGGUUCCAUCGGCCACGCGGGCUGAGAGGUUCCGACUCUGGUCUGAGCUCUGGAGUGUGUCCUGCUGGGACCACGGGCCACCGAUGUGGUCAGAGAACAGAGGAGCCAGGAGACUAGCUGGGGGUCUCGGGCGGGGCUGCCGUGGAGGACUUCCGAAGGAUGGAAGCUGCUGCUUGGGUUUCUAGCAAGCUGGGGAGACACGCUUUGCUGAUGCUACAGGUUCCUUGAAAAACCGAAAGUGUUAGUUGCUCAGUGGCAACCGACUCUUUGCGACCGCCUGGACUGUAGCCCACCAGGCUCCUCUGUCCAUGGGGAUUCUCCGGGCAAGAAUCCUGGAGCGGGUUGCCAUGCCCUCCUCCAGGGGCUCUUUCCUGACCCAGGGAUCCAAUCUGGGUCUCCUGCAUUGCAGGCAGAUUGCUUUACCAUUUGAGCCACCAGGGAAACUAAACCACCUUUAGCUAACAUCAGGAAUCCGGACCCGUUCACCACCGCCAGUGAAUCAGGAAUGAAUGUGUUUCUACCCUAAAGGGCAGCAUUUGAACUAUGUCUCAGCUCACAAAAGUAUUAUCACCUGCAGAGGAUGAGGCUGGAUUUCUGGAAAUUUAAAUGCAAGGACCAUCAUGCGGAAACCUGCUUGGGGAAGCGAUCUUGGGGUGUUUUUUUUUUUUUUUUUUGCCAUGAAAUUGUAUGGUUUCUACUUCCUCUUUUUUUUUUUUUUUUUUCAGAACGUGGGAUAGACAUUUUGAGAUGUCCAGACUUUUUUUGGUAUUAUUUUUGGUCUUGGAUCCUCUGUGGGUACCAGUUCUUAACGCAACGUCAGCGCUUUCCUUAGUGUGUACUUUUCUUUUUCCUGGGCUAACUGUCUACCCUCAGCGUCUAAAAAGUAGACCAGCUGUUUGCUGGGGUUUUAAUCGUUCUUUAGGGGAGAGGAGAGAGUGGGUGGUCUGGGCAGGUUAGUGUAGUCUGAUGGACUGAGAUGGAUGCUGAUGGAACGUUUAGGGUUUGAGCAUAGGAACCAAAGAGGAAGACGGUCAUUAGAGUCUGGAACGCAGAAAGAUGAUGCACGGAAAUCCUAGAUAUUCACGCGUGGGCGCUCCCCCUUAGGUACCUGCACCCCAAAGUUCACUGCACCACUGUCCACGGUAGCCAAGAUGUGGAACGCCUGAGAGUCCAUCGACAGGGGAAUGGCUCGAGGCCAUCGACGGGGGAAUGGCUCAAGAAGAUGUGGUCCAUGGAAACAAAUGGAAUAUUACUUGGCCGUGAAAAAGAACGAAACCGUGCCACUUGCAGCCACGUGGAGGGACCUGGAGAGUGUUACAGUGAGUGAAGUAAGUGCGGAACAGAAAUGCCAUAUGAUAUCACUUACGUGCGGAAUCUAAGACAGGGGGUACAAAUGAGCUUGUUUACAAAACAGAGACUCAUAGACAUACAAAACGAGCUUCUAGUCACCAAAGGGGAAAGCCUGGAGGCACACAUGAGGAGUUUGGGAUGAAGAGACACACACCAUAUGUCAAAUCGAUAAAGCAGCAAGGUCUUCCUGUACAGCGCAGGGAACUCUACGCAAAAUGUGGUGAUGAAAUGAUACUGGAAAAGAACCUGGAGAAGCAUAGAUGUGUGUCUCCAUGAAUAACUGAAAUUGCCUUAUGUGUUAGUUGCUCAGUCAUAGCGGACUCGUCGUGACCCUGUGGACUGCAGCCCGCCAGGCUCCUCUGUCCAUGGGAUUCCCCAGGCAAGAGUACUGGAGUGGGUUGCCAUGCCCUCCUCCAGGGGAUCUUCCUGAUCAGUGAUGGAACCUGGGUCAGUUGCAUUGGCAUUUGAUCGUGUACCAACUGAGCCACCAGGAAGACUAUGCCUGAAAGUAACCCAACAUUGUAAAGUGCCUACACUCAAACAGAAAUGAACCGAGAACACCCUCUGCAAGUAUAAACCACUGUAUGCGACGGUGCUGACCCACCUCCAACUCUUAAUGUAGGGAAAGCAAAUCUCUCUCUCUCUCUCUCUCUCUCUCUCUGUCACACACACACACACAGGUCUCAAAAUUCAUGCACUGGUGUCUUGACCCUUGGGAUCGCAGAGUGAAACCUUAUGUGUCAAAAGAUCGGGGACAGUUGUGAUCAGUUAAGACGAUGAGUUAGAACAGGAGGAUGGCUUCUAAAGCAAUAUGAGCUGUGUCUUUGUAAGAGGGGAAAUUUGGAGACACACAGAGAGACACCAGGAGAAGAACCUGAGUGGCUUGGAGCGGGCCAGCCACAAAGCAAAGAGCUAUCGCAAGCCAGGACAGAGCCCUGUGUAACCUUCAGAGGGUGUUCCUGCCUGCCCACCCCUCGGUCUUGGACUUCCAGACUCUGAAACGAGGAGAAGAUGCAUAUUUGUUGUGUCAUCUGCCCAGUUUGUGGGAUUCUGUUAAAGACAUCCUUAAAAAGUCAUACGGAGAUGAAUAUAUUUGGGGUACAUAGUUGUGAGGUUUUUUUUUUUUCCUAAUUUAAACGCGAGAAUGAGGAAUGCAUCUCGCUUGUCUGUACAGGUUGUACAGGAAGCCAGGCAUGAUUAAACUCUGGACUCAGGCCCAGAGCGUGAGAUCACAGUCUGGCUUCUGCAAGUCGAGCUGUGUGACCCUAGGCAAGUUGUGUAACCUCUCUGGGCUUCAGUCACCUCAUCUGGAAAACGAGUGUUACUGGACCUGUCUUCCAAAACGGUGGUGAGGCUGUGGUGGUUCAGCCGCUAAGUCAUGUGCAGCUCUUUGCAGCCCCAUGGGCUGUAGCCCUCCAGGCGCCCCAGUCCAUGGAAAUUUCCAGGCAAGAACACUGGAGUGGGCUGCCAUCUCCUUCUCCAGGGGAUCUUCCCAACCCAGGGAUUGAACUGCAGUCUCCUGCAUGGGCAGGCGGAUUCUUUAUCCCUGGAGCCCCCAAGGAACUGUAUCCUAUAUUUUGAAAGAUUUUAAAUAGUCUCACCUCAGAAAGAAAGAAUGAUGUCACAGGGUGGAGACGUCAGACAAGGCUACGGUGAUCACCCCACUGAAAAGUAGCUGCCACGGUCAUCCCACUGAAAUGCAUCUGCGAUGGUCAUCCCACUGAAAUGUAUCCUCAUCCCACUGAAAUGUAUCAUCAUCCCAAUAUACACCUUAACCUUCUACCGUGUUACGUGUUGAUUAUCUCUCAGUAAAGCUGGGGGGAAAGAGUUCUUUCUGCAUUUUUUCUGCGAGUAUUUCUGCUUGGAUUCUGUAGGCGUGUGGCAUGCCACGAGCACAGUUGAUCUUUAUCGUGGCUCUGGCUAGACUUUCCUCUUUCUUUCCACGGAAAAUUCACUAGACAUUCAAUAUUCUGCGACAGCGCAUUGUAUACACACAUAUAUAUCUGGGACAAGGCAGCUCUCUUAGUGACCAUAUGUUUCUGCUGACGUGAUACAAUCUGACUUCCAAAUUGUGCCUUCUUCUGACUGCCGCGAGUCUUGUUCAUUUUGAGGACUGUUUCAGAGGAUCUGUUCUUUUAUCUUCCUUCGGGUGCUUUAGUGUGGAUUUGGUGGCUGUUUCUUGCGUAGGUUUGGAGGACCCCUUUAUCUGUGCCCAGAAAUCAGUUUCCUUGAAACUUCUUGUGAUCCACAUUCAAGAUUUGCAGCAUCUCCGGUACUUCACAUCAAAGGAGCCACCGUGUGUAGCAGAAUCAUCUUUACUUUCAGCAAAUGUUUCCUAACAUUUUGUUGUUCAAUUCUCUCUUUCUUUGUACCCUCUAGCUUCUUUUAUCGCCCCCCCCAAAACAUUAGCUUCAUUAUUUUUUAAAAAAAACUUCUGUAUUAGAGUAUAGCCAAUUAACAAACAAUGUUGUGAUAGUUUCAGGUGGACAGCCAAGAGACACAACCAUAUAUAUACAUGUAUCCAUUCUCCCCCAAACUCCCCUCCCAUCCAGGCUGCCACACAAAAUUGAGCAGAGUGCCCUGUGCUGUCCAGCAGGUCCUUGCUGGUUCUCCGUGUUAAAUACAGCAGUGUGUCCAUGUCCAUCCCAGACUCCCUGACUAUCCCUUCCCCCAUCCUUCCCCCUGGUGACCAUCAGGUUAUUACAGAGCAUUGAGCAGAGUUCCCUGUGCUGUCCAGCAGGUCCUUGCUGGUUCUGCAUGUUAAAUACAGCAGUGUGUCCAUGUCCAUCCCAGACUCCCUGACUAUCCCUCCCCCAUCCUUCCCACCCCUCAACCAUAAGCUCAUUCUCUAAGUCUGUGAGUCUGCUUCCAUUUUCUAAGUAAGUUCAUUUGUACCCUAUCUUUUCAGAUUCCGCGUGUAACGGAUGUCAUAUGAUAUUUCUCCUUCCAUGUCUGACUCACGUCACUCAGCAUGACACUCUGUAGGCCCAUCCAUUUCACUGCAAACAGCAUUAACCGUCUGGCUUCUUAUAAAAUCUCCUUUGAAAGUGAAAGUAUUAGCCACUCAUCGUGUUCGACUCUUUGAGACCCCAUGGACUGUAGCCCGCCAGCCUCCUCUGUCCAUGAGAUUCUCCAGGCAAGAAUACUGGAGUGGGUUGCCGUUUUCCUCCUCCAGGGGAUCACCCCGACCCAGGGAUCGAACCUGUGUCUCCUGAGUCUCCUACAUUGCAGGCAUAUUCUUUACCGCUGUGCCAGCUGGGAAGCCCACACAUCUGGAAACAGUCACCACCUGCCCUGUGGUUUUAGAAUAAGCAUUAGUCUUGGUGGGGUAAUUCAGUACCUUUUCUGCUUUCUU